AUGCCAAUUGCUGAAUUUAAUCCGAUUGAUGCUGGUCAUAAAAUAGCUGAAAUUCAAGUGAAUGACAAAGUAUUGUUAUUAAUAUAUACAUCCAAUGAUGAUUUGUCCCGAGACUUUAAUUUCCCAGCAGUAGAUAUUCUUGAUGAUGACAACCAUUAUAUAUUGUAUGAUGUAAAUGAAUUUCAUGGGAGAUGUGAAGACAAAAAUGGCGUGGGAGACAUACUAGGGGCUGGUGCUCAAGGAAAAGUAAAAAAAGGAAAGUGGUGUAAUUUUAAUGUUGCAGUUAAAAGUAUAAAUCUGUCAGGUGCUAAUUUGAAAUUAGCCUGCAGAGAGAUUAAAGUUCUGGAGAACAUUAGACACCCAAUCAUCGUACAGUUAAUGGCAUAUUGCAUUGAUAAAAAUUCUGUACACUUAUUGAUGGAACUCUUCCACAGUUAUUCUCUCUCUGACGUAUUGUUUGAUAACAUAUUCGAAAAAGCAGCUGCUUUAAUAAUAUUAAAAAAACAUAAAAUUGCUCAGCAAUUUUGUCAGGCUAUUAAUUAUUUACAUUUAAAAGAAAAUCCAAUAAUUCACGGUGACAUAAAGCCUGCAAAUAUUUUAUUACAUGCAAACGGAACUGUAAAAGUUUGCGAUUUAGGAAUUAGUAAGUUCAAGAAAAUAUCUAGUUCUUUACGAACAACGGUUGGUGGGACUGGGUUCGUUAAAGGAACUCCGCUGUAUAUGGCACCAGAGUUGAUUCUUGAAAACAAAGAAGCUACUGUCCAUUCUGACGUUUGGUCUUUGACCUGUACUCUUAUUGAACUUUAG